AUGAAUAAAGAGCUUGAGUCACAUCAAAAACAUUCUACAUGGACUGUUGUAGAAAAACCAAAGAACAAGAAAAUAAUCAACAGCCGCUGGGUUUUCCAAGUGAAGGGAGAUAUUUACAAAGCGAGACUCGUAGCAAAAGGUUAUGAAACUACUAACUAUAAGGAAACAUACGCCCCAGUCGAGUUAAAUAAACCUAAACUAAUUGCAAUUUUAACGCAAUUGGGAUUAAAAUUCGACGAAGCGGCAAAUAUCGACGUACUACGAAAAAUUUUACGGUGCCAGAUACGAAAGGUGAACGAAGAGAAAGAAAGUAAACAAGUCGACAAGACCGAACCGCAGGGCAGCGUACAAGAAGAUAAUAAGGAAACAAUACAAUUCCACACAAUGGCAGAAACCAACUCUAAUAUUUCACGCCUAGAAUUUCACCUGGGUAAGGACGAUUGGGAGAUGUACACAGAAAGGCUCGAAUUAUAUUUCGUAGCUAACGACGUCAGGGCAGAAAAACAAGCGGCAGUGUUGCUAACGAAAAUUAGUCCCGAUACCUAUAAACUUGUUCGUGAUCUAUGCGCGCCCGAAAAACCCAGCACCAAAACAUUUGAAGAAUUAGUGAAAUUAAUAAAUAAUCAUCUUAACCCGAAGCCGUCAGAGACUAUGGAAAGAUGUACUUUUUAUCAAGCGAGACAAUCGCAAACAGAGUCAGUGUCGGAGUUUGCGGCAAGAUUAAAAAGUUUAUCGAUUAAUUGUAACUUCGGUGACGCGAAAAUAGCAUUACGCGAUCAGUUAGUGUGCGGACUGAAAGAUCACACUACAAAAACGUUAUUAUUUCGCGAGGAUAAAUUAACAUACGACUCAGCCUACAAACUGGCAACAGUGCUGGAAACAGCCGAGAAGUAUGCGUCAUCGACAGACCAAGCAGCUGGAGAACCAUCAAAGACAAUAGUAAACAAAAUAAGCUCGGCUCCAAAGCCAGAGUACAAGAGACAAUUUCACACAAGAGGAAGGGGUGCAGAUCGAGGUAGAAGGGGCGGCAACCAGCGUUACCUGAACAGAGCUCCGAUGAAUAGGGGUAACCGCUCGACGAGUGAAAACGCGAGCGCAAAUACUAGGCGCUCGUCAGCAUGUUUCUGCUGCGGAAGAAACAACCACUGGGCUCGUGAUUGUUAUCACCGGUUCAGCACGUGCAACUCGUGUAAAAGGAAAGGGCACCUGGAGACGGUGUGUACAGCACAAAAGGCGGUACAACACCUUGAGCAGGAGUCUGAGGAUCAACAAGGGGACAAGAACGAUUUCUUCAUGAUGGAUGAUGGCCGCGAGAGAAAAUCAUCGAGGAUGACCAGCAGCAACGCAAAUUGCAGUAGCGAUAAUAUAACAGCCGAACCAAUGUAUCUAGAUGUAUUAAUUAAUAAUAGGAUUCUAAAAAUGGAAAUGGACACAGGUUCGUAUGCAACGAUCAUAUCUAAGAGAGAUAAAGACAGAUAUUUUCCAAAUUGCGAGGUAAAGUUGAUUAGUAGUCCAUUAAACGCAUACGGUAAGGUACCUUUAGAGCAUGUGGGAACACUGGAUAAUUUGCAGGUAAAGAUAGGCAAUGAGAAAGCCUCACUGGGAAUGAGAGUAAUGAAAGGAGAUGGUCCAAUGUUAAUUGGCAGGCAAUGGCUAAAAGUUUUUGGAUUAUGGCCUCUAAAACUGAAUAAGAGAGCAGAUAUGUGUAACAAAAUUUAUGGAGUAAAUGAAACGAUGGGGUUCCCAACGAAGUUUCCAAAAUUGUUUGGUAAAGGUCCAGGUUUAUAUAAUAAAGGAAUGUUAAAAUUAACGUUAAAAGAAAAUACUCAGCCAGUCGCAUUGAAAGCUAGACACUUGCCAUUUGCAUUAGCGAGGAAAGUCGAAAACGAGAUUGAUAGACUGGUAACAUUAGGCCAUCUAGAGAAGGUGGACGUCAGCGAGUGGGCUACACCCAUUGUACCGGUAAUAAAGACAGACGGCACAGUAAGAAUUUGCGGAAAUUUUAAGUUGACGUUAAACCCAAAUUUAGUUAAAGAUAGACACCCAAUUCCAUUAAUCGAUGAGAUUUUUUUAGCGCUAAGAAGCGGUAAAACUUUCUCGCAGAUUGAUCUCCAGCAUGCUUACAUGCAGAUCCCGGUAGAGGAGAGCAGUCGAGAUUACUUGACAAUAAUAACGCACAAAGGCCUCUACAGGUAUACUAAAAUGCCGGAAGGUAUUGCGUCGGGCCCGGGUGAUUUUCAAAGGAAGAUUGAGCAAUGCUUAGCGGGAAUUGACGGAGUAAUUCCGUACAUUGAUAACAUAUUUUGUACUGGCAAAGACGAUAAAGAGCAUUUAGAAGCGCUGAACGCUGUAUUUAAAAGACUCGAAGACUAUGGUUUCAAAGUAAAUAUUAGCAAAUGUGAUUUUUUCAAAGAAAAGCUGGACAUUUUGGGUUUUGUUAUAGACCAGAAUGGGCUUCACAAAUCAAAAACUAAAGUCAAAGCAAUGAUAGAAGCACCAACGCCGGUAAACAAAAAACAAUUAGACUCAUUUCUUGGGUUGAUCACUUACUACGCGAGAUUUCUGCCACAGAGAGCAGAAAAACUAAAAUGUCUUUAUGAGUGUACGAAAGCAGAUAAUUUUAAUUGGACAAAACAAUGUGACAAAGCGUUUGAGUGGGUCAAGGGGGAGUUGGUAUCGCCACGAGUGUUAGCACACUACGAUCCUAACACCGAUUUGAUCUUGUCCUGCGACGCAUCCACAUACGGGUUAGGAGCGAUCCUGUCACAUAAAUACAAAGACGGUACCGAGCGACCGAUAGCGUUCGCGUCUAAAAUAAUUCCGGAGAAAGAAGCGAGCCGUGCGAUAAUUGAUAAGGAAGCGAGUGCAAUUGUAUUCGGCUUUAAGAAAUUUUAUAAUUAUGUAUUCGGCAAAGAGAUUACGUUGAGAACAGAUCAUAAGCCUUUAGUUUUUAUUUUUGGUCCAAAGCAAGAGAUCCCUUUAACUAUUGCAAGUAGGCUGCAAAGAUGGGCAUACUUCUUAUCACGAUUCAAUUACAAUAUUGAAUAUAUUAAAUCACAGCAAAAUGGUAACUGUGAUGCACUUUCACGACUUCCAAUCAAUGAUGCAACUCCAGUGUUCGAUGACGAAUUAUCAUCAAUAAACUAUAUAUCAGAGUCGUUACAAACAUUAAGCGCGGUAGAAAUUGCCAAAGAGACAAAAAAAGAUAAAGUAUUAAAUAAAAUAGUUCGAUAUGUAAACGGUACAUGGCCAAGUGUGAGUGAAUUGAGUGAAAGGGAACAGAAAUACUAUGCGAAACGAGACGAGCUGUAUGUCGAAAAAGAAUGCUUGUUAUGGGGGUAUCGCAUAAUAGCGCCAGAAUCAAUGAAAAACAGUGUGUUAAGUGAAUUACACGCCUCACAUUUCGGUGUGGUAAAGAUGAAAAUGCUAGCGAGAAGUCACGUGUGGUGGCCGAAUAUCGAUAACGAUAUCCAGAAUGUAUCGGCAGCAUGCAGAGUGUGCGUGCAAGAAAGAAAGAAACCACCGAGUGUUCCGUUAACGCCAUGGCCGUACCCAGAUAAUUGUUGGAGUAGGAUUCAUAUCGAUUUCCUUGGCCCAUUCCACGGACAUAUGUUUAUGAUAAUUGUUGAUGCGUACUCGAAAUGGCCAGAGGUCAUUGAUAUGAAUAAAAGUACCACAGUACCGCGAGUACUCGAGGAGGUAAAAAAAGUGUUGUCACGAUUUGGUUUACCAAGACACGUAGUUACCGAUAACGGUACUCAAUUUACAAGUAAAGAAUUUCAAGAGUUUUGUAAAAUAAAUGGUAUUAGACAGAGUUUUACUGCACCGCACCAUCCAGCAACAAAUGGUGCAGCUGAGAACUUUGUAGGCACGUUUAAGGACAAAGUCGAUAAAAUUGUUCAAACCGGUAAACCUCUCGACUACGCAGUUAAUCUUUUCUUAUUCGACUAUCGAUCAAUAGAACACUGUACAACUGGCAGAUCACCAUCGUUUAUGAUGUACAAACGGGAAAUUAAAACUAGAUUUGAUUUGUUACGACCGAGUGUAUUGGAUAGCGUAGAGAAACAGCAAUCUGCACAGAUAGCGGGAAGAAAAAGCAGUCGAAUUGUUGAAUUCCAGAUAGGUGACACGGUGAUGGUUGAAGAUUUUAGCGUUAGAAGCAAAGCGCGGGUACCAGGUACAAUAACAAAGAAAUUGUCACCGGUAACGUUUCUAGUAGAAACCGCACCCAACAAAACAUGGAAACGACAUGUCGAUCAAAUUAUCCGAUACACGCCCGAGAUUGAUGAUAUAAAUAAGUCAGUGCCAAAGGUUAAAAUUUACGACAUAGCUACCGAAAGUAUUUUUCCGCACCUGCCUCUUACAGAUGCAUUGGCUUUGAUUCCCACGUUUAAUGGCACUAAUAUGCCCGUAUCCGAAUUCGUAAUUAAAGUAGAAUGCGCAGAACAAGCUGUCUUAGCCAGAGAACUAAAUUUAUUCUCCACACUCAUUCGCACAAAAAUCGAAGGCGACGCAAGUAAAUAUCUUGAGUCAGAUGAACGAAAUUCUCUUCGAGAUUUGCAAGACUGCCUAAGACAGGCCUACUUAUCUAAACAACACCUCCCAGAGUCAGAGAAGGAAUUCUUAGCGGUUGUUUAUACCGUGAAACAUUUCCGCCCUUACCUCUACGGUGAACCCUUCACCUUGGUAACAGACCACGAACCACUAAAGUGGAUCAAACACGUGGAAGACCCGACUUCUCGUGUAAUGCUCUGGAAACUGAAAUUGGAAGAAUAUUCGUACGUCACAAAACAUAAAAAAGGAAUAGCGAACUUCAACACAGACGCACUUACCAGAAAUCCACCUGUCGAUUCUUUCCGAAUUCUGCUUAUUACCUCAAAACAGGCACAACCCGAUACGGAAUGGAAUGCUCAUCUACUGACGCCCACAAGUGCGCCAAAUUGGCUCACCAACACCCAACACGUGCUCGCGAACCAGAUACGCUAUCUUUGUCCACUGGCGCUCACAAACGCAUCAAACAUAUGGACCACUACCCCAGACGAACACGUGGGUCUGCACACGAAUACACUAACCCUUCCCAACGGAGACGAACCAAAACAUUACAAGACACGUCCAAUUCUGCUGUUACCUCCGACUUAA